AUGGCAAUUAUCCCAAUCCUUUCACCCUGGGUUCUCCUGGUUGCUGGGAUCGCCUUCUUGCCCGUCUACUAUAUAAUCAUUCCCUAUUUCUGGACCUACCGUCACCUAAGAGGCAUUCCAGCGCCCUUCCCGGCUCAAUUCACAAGUCUUUGGCUCAUGUCCAUUAGCCGUGAAGGCAAACGAUCCGAGUACAUUGAUGCCCUGCACCGUCGCCUUGGCCCUGUUGUCCGUAUUCAGCCAAACCAUGUGAGUAUCGCCGAUGAUAAGGCAAUCAACCUUAUUUACGGCCAUGGUAACGGCUCACUGAAAUCGGCUUGGUAUGAUACUUUCCGAUCAAUCGGCUACAGCGUGUUCAAUACACGGGACCGAGCUCAGCAUUCUCAUAAAAGACGCAUCAUAGCCCACACCUUCGCUCCCAGGUCGGUCCGUCAAAUGGAGCCCUGUUUCGCCCAGAAUCUCAAGUUUUUGAUUGAAAAGUGGGAUGGUAUUGCUAAGGAUGGAGCCAAGAGAGACGGCUAUGCCGACCUUGACUGUAGACGUUGGAUCAAUUUCUUUGCCUUCGAUGUAAUUGGCGAUAUUAUUUUUGGGUCACCAUUCGGCAUGCUUCAAGCUGGAGCUGACCUUGCUGAGUCGCGUAUAACUCGCGAAGGGCCAUCAACGCUUCUCCCAGCAGUCAAGCAUCUCAGCCACAGAAGUGAAAUUGCAGCAACUCUUGGUGCUAUUCCUGAGCUUAAACCUUAUGCCCAGUAUAUACCUGAUCCAUAUUUCCGCAAGGGCUUGGAAGGUGUUAAGAACUUCACUGGCGUUGCAAUUGCUCGCGUUAAAGACCGCUGGAAAAGUCCAAAGCAGCCAGAUGAUCACCGGGAUCUUCUUUCACUCUUACAGGAAGGGAGUGAUGGCAAAGGAGACGCUUUCGGGUUCAAAGAGCUCACAGCCGAAGCGCUCACCCUACUAAUUGCCGGUAGUGAUACGACAAAUAACACGUUCUGCGCAGUAAUGAACUAUUUGGCGGCCAACCCUCACGCCCUGUCAAGUCUGCAAGAGGAGGUAGAUACAGCACUUCCCAUCGAUAUUAUAGUUCCCACCCACGACAUGGUUAAGAAUCUGCCCUACUUGAACUCGGUUAUUAACGAGACUCUCCGCCAACACUCCACUAUCGGGCUCGGUCUUCCUCGCGAUAUUCCGCCAGACUCUGAAGGCAUCUAUUUCUGCGGACACUAUUUCCCUGCAGGCACGACUCUCAGUAUACCUAUCUACACAAUCCACCAUUCGGAAGAAAUAUAG